UCGCUGGCGCUGCAAGCAACGCACGGCCGCUAGCCGCUGUGCCUUGGCAGUUGGACGACGCGACUCAUAACGUGAUAAUCGGGCGGCCGGCCGAACCGCUAAAAACCGAAACAUUCGGAAAUUACUUUAUAGAAAAUAAUUGUAUUCAAAACAUUUAUUAAGACUUAAGCUGUUUUCGAAGUGAUACUUAAAUAAGCGUUUAACUGACGGAAACAAGCAAAAUGCAAGUUUUCGAUAAUACUAUGCGCCGUGCAUCACGACGCGCCUCACUGCGCCGUGGCUCCAUAUCUGUGCUGCCACAAAAGUCUGCCGAAAUUCCAUGGGACAUUCUGGAGCGUCUAUUGUUGCCAUUCCUGUUCUGUCAUGCUGCCGCAUUGAUAAUCUCAGUACUGUUGCAUGCAUUGGAUAUUUCACAUGUCUCCACGUUUGCGGUAUUCGUUUGGUUUGCGCUCUCCACCGUCGGAGCGGUGCUCUUCUAUCAUUUCGUUAAGGUCUCCUCAUAUGGCAAAGGUGUACUCAUUACUGGCUGCGAAACACCCAUCGCUUGGUAUUUGGCUAAGAAACUCGACGAUUUAGGCUUCACUGUCUAUGCUGGCUUCAAUGUGCCAAUCGAUGAAUCUGAUGAGGCGAAAAUCCUGAAGGAAGAAACUUCCGGUCGUUUGAAAUUGUUGCAUUUGGAUGUGAGCUCGGAGAAAUCUCUACUUGAAGCCGCUGUCUAUAUUUCGGAACAUUUGCCCGAUGGUGCUUAUGGCUUGUGGGCUGUGGUGCAUUGUGCUCACUGGGUUGCACUCGGAGAGUUGGAAUGGAUUCCAUUUGGUGUAUUGCGCAAGUCAUUGGAUUUGAAUUUGUUGGGUGCCGCACGUUUGACCCAAAUUAUGUUGCCGUUAAUUCGCCGCUCCACUGGACGUGUCGUCUUCUUGACCUCAGGACUUAGCAAAAUCCCAGCACCAGUGCGCGGCAUUCAAAGUGCCACCCAAGCGGCCAUUGAAAGUUUUGCCGGUUGUUUGCGUCAGGAGAUGCGUCAACGUGGUGUCGAUGUGUCGGUGGUGGCUGCCGGUGAAUUUGCGCCCGGCAACAGUUGGCUAAACGAGACUGAAUUGCGUGAACAGGCUAAGGAAAUGUGGGCUCAAUUGACCUCUGAACAAAAGAAGACCUAUGGCGAAGAUUACUAUGAAGCUGCUAUGACUUCAUUGGAGAAAUACUCAAGAGAGACCGCUGACAUUCAACCCUCUCUGCGCGUUCUGAUCGAUGCCGUCUCCCGCACCUUCCCCAUGGCACGCUACACCCCAGUGACCGCACGCGAAAAGAUUCAAAUCUUCUUGGCCGAACACUUGCCCACCGCACUGUACGAAAUCCUCUUUGCCGAGCCCAAAAAGAAGGUGCGCCCACAAGGUGCUUUCUAAACGCCCACACAUCAUGACAGAGCAAAGGAAAAGGCAAACGAACCAAAGGACACGACUGCAUCACUAAAGAGAGUUCACUGCACAAAUAUUGUAUUGUUGUGAUCGAAUAAAUAAUGAAUAAUAUUUGCUUUAGGUAUCAAACAGUUUAAAUUGGCCAAAUUGAAUAAGUCACACGUACACAUACAUACAAUAAUCCAUAUGCAAUAAUUAACCAUAGUUUAAAGAAGCAAAUUUUGUACUAAAAAAGCAUUUAUUUUUAAUUAUUAAUUUUCACACAAAUACAUUUAAAUUUGCAAUAGUUGGAGAAAGCAAAACGCAUUUAAGAAAUUAUUUAGAACUUAUUUUCAAUUUCUACUCAAUACUUGUGUGUCUUCUUUAAUUGUAUCUUCAUUUAAAUUUUGUUUUAAAAUUUAAUUUCAUUUUACUUGUGUAGUUCUUAAGCUCAUAAUCAAUAAGCCAAAUUUUACUAUACGUACAUAAAUAAUUGUAUUUCUUUUGAAUAUGUAGAGUAAAAAUUGUGAGAUUUUCAAUAAAGGUGAACACAAACAACGA